ACUUUACUCGAGUCUGCUGUUAUUCAGCAAUUCAAGCCUUCAGAGUGCUCACCCGAACUCCAGGAGCCAUGAGUGCUGCUGACAUCCUAACCCGGGUCGAUGUUAUCAGACGGCGUUAUGAGCCGUAUACAAAGGAGACAGUUGCGAAAGAAGAUGCGACGGACAGCUUCAUGACCCUGUACGCGGCGAUUACGGUAGAAGUGGAGGAGGUGGUCGAGAAAUCCAAUGGAGCUAUCAUUGAGAAGAAUCUGGCCAAGGUUGCGGUCCUCAAUGCCGAGAUCAGGCGAGCUAAAGACAUUCUGCAAAAGGAGAUUCAAAGGCUCGAAAGGCUCGCACAUAGGAAGGUCAAAGGAGUUUCUCCUGACGAGUCCGCGAGGAGGCCAGAAAUGGUCAGAAUGCUUUUGGAAAAAGUUCAGGCGAUUCCUGAUGGCAUCGCUAGAGGCGUUGGGAGGACUGUUGCGUCUGCACGGGGAAUUUCAGACGUCCAAAUUGACGCUCUCGAAAUGGGCGACUCUGGACCAACAGGGGAUCAUUUUGUUUCAACGGCUGAGUCUCGGGCAUUCCGAAGUGAAUAUACUCGCCGAGUCCAGAAGCAGGAUGUCGAGCUGGAGUACAUCUCUAGCGGUCUUGAAAAACUGAGGCAUCUUGCCCAGGACAUGAACGAGGAAAUGGAUCGUCAAGAGCCAAUGCUAGAAGCAGUAGAGAACAAGGUGAACUCGACGACGCAAACUUUGAAGAAUAAUAAUAAGAGGUUGAAGGAGAUUCUUACGGAGGUUCGGUCACCGAGGAAGUUCUGCAUCGACCUGAUACUUAUCCUCGUUCUUCUUGGUAUUGGAGCUUAUCUCUAUAGUGCUCUCAAGUGAGACGAAAAUUUUGGUGACUUUCUUUCCAUUCACUGGAGAAGCAAGAGCAGUCUUCCGGCCAUCGGAAAAUGCGUGGUUUCUUCAUCCCGGGAGCCUUCACUUCACGAUUUCCUUUUUAUGCACGGCAUGUUGACGCGCACAGAAACAAGAGAUUAGUUGUGGCAGGUUAUCAAUUUCCAGACACGUCAGUCCUAUUCCGAGCUAGACAACAUAUGAAGAGUCCAAAUGCUUACACUAUGCUCUUGUACCGUACUUCAGCUCUACAGUGCCAAAUUGUCAAUGCCCAAUCUAGAAAGCUUGAUUUCAUGCUACUCGUAAA